AUGGCAACCCGACCUUUUUGCCACAUCACGCAUUGCAGCAGCAAAAUUUGGGUCUGUGGCCAGUGGAUCACAGGAGGGGUUGUUUACGGAGAAGCCUUCCUCGCAACCACGAAGCCUGUCAGGGCACGCACAGAGGCCCUGUUACAAGAGCUUACACGUCAGGUGGUCCACCUCACUGGACCACGUUUUGUGGCAGGAGACUUCAAUCAGGAAAUGCAUCAUUUGCAAGAGGUUGACCUGUGGAAACGGCAAGGCUUCAUAGAUCUCCAAGAUCUCGCUUGCAUCAAGUGGAACCUCACCCCUGCAGCCACAUGCAAGGGUUCCACACGCAAGGAUUUUGUUUUCAUCUCUCCUGAGUUGCGUGAUCUCUUGCUGGCGGUUCGUCUCGACAAUGAGGCCUUCCCAGAUCACGCCAUAUUGUCAGGAAGCUUUCGCCCCUUGUGCCAACCAGAAAAGGUCCGGAUCUGGCGACGCCCGCAGCCAUUCGCGGUUCCCCCAGAGGUCCAGAAGUCUCUUAGUCACUCUGACAUGGCCUUUCAUGUGAGUGCCAGUGACCCGACCGAGGUCUAUCAUGAAUUGUGCCACCAGUAUGAACAAGCCCUUCGUGCAGAAUGCCUCUCCAAAGGCCAAGCUGGCCCCCGUCCUUGCCAGUUAGGUCGAGGCCAAUCCACCCACUUGUCGACAGUAGUGAGCGACCGAUGCCCGAUCAAGUCUUCCAGGUUGGGUGAGAGAGUGCCAGCGGUAAACAUCGAAUCACUGAUGUACAGGAGAUGCUUUACGCAGCUUCGUCGCUUGGUGAACUUUGCUCGUAUGAAAGAACAUGGUGCCUCCCCGAAUGCAGCAAUCCAUCGUUUGUCACUGUGGUCCGCCAUUUGUCAAGCACCUUUUGAGGGGUCUUUCUCUAAGUGGUGGGCGCGGAACCUCACGGACCCAGCACACUGCCAAUUCCCACAGCAUAUCCCUCCUCAGGCAAUUGCCAAGCAAUUGGCCAGUGACUUCGAAAGCUUUGUGUGCAGGCUGGAACAGGACCUCAUAGCUUCCAGAAGGGCAGCCGCGCAGAAAAGGCGACAGACUGAUGCCAACCGGGUCUUUCGUGACAUUCGAGCGCCGGGACCUGAACCCAUCUCUUCUUUGGCACAGUGCCGGGAAGCUAAAGUCACGUCCAUAGAGGCCGAAGACUCGUUUUGUUUUGAACCUCGAUGUGCCUUUGACGCCCAAAUGCAGUUGUCUCACGCCCAAGGGCACUGCAGUCUGGUAGAAUGUGAGGAUGGCCAAGCUUGGGUCUCUGGACCUCUGCCGGAAGUCGGAGGGGUGGUUUACCAGCACGGCUUUCUGGGUUCCUUGCAGACGUUGCAUAGUGAAUUUGAGUCCGCGUGGGCCAAACGUUGGAAUAAGCAUGAUGAGGUGCCCCCUGAUUUUUGGGAUCGAGUAGACGCAGUCAUUUCCAGACUCUUUAGUCCUCUCCCGUCAAGCCGCCUUGUGAUUACUGUCGACAUGUUCCGAGCGUUCGUUCGGUCUCGGAAGCCUCGAAGUGCGGUAUAG